AUGAAAAAAUUAAGCAAAUUUAUCAGAAACUUUGAUCUUUUCGCCUAACCCAUUUAUAUUACUUACAAGAAUGACAGUAAUUAUAGAACAGUUAUGGGUGGGCUAACUGCCUUAGUAUUUGGAUUCUUCUUGAUAUGGUACAUUAUAAACGAAAUCAUAGUAAUGGCAAAAGGAGGUUAUUCAAUCUAAAAUUAAACUAAUUUUAUCGAUACUGAAGCUGAUCCAUAAUCCUAUGUAAUUAAUGCUCAAAAGCUAAACAUUGCAGUAAGGCUUGGAUCAUUAGGGAAAAUUAUCAAAAACAAUGAUAGUGAUAUAACUAGAUAUGUGAGGCCAUAAUUUUUAUAUGAUAUGAAUGAUGAUACUGAUAGUUUCAAUAAGGGACAGCAAAAUAGCCGACAAAUAAGUGUUGUAAAAUGUGAUGAGGUAAUGUUUCCAUGGUUUGAAAAAAGAUCUGAUAUCAAUAAUUACUAUUGCCCAGAACUCAAUUCUUUUGAAAUAUAUGGCUAAGAAUCAAGCGUAAGAAGCAAAUAAUUACUAUUUGUGUUGCAAAAGUGCUCGAUGGUAGCAGCUAAUCCGACUACCGAAUGUGAAUAAAACCCAAUGUAUGAGCAAAUGAUUUCCCAUAUUUAUGCGGACGUAGCGAUAAUGACUGAAUACUUCGAUUCUAAAGACUUUAAAGUUGAUAGACCUUUCAAGAAAUACUUUUCUUAACAACGAAGAUACUUAGUUGAAGAUAACAAAUAACUUAACUCCUAUAGCAUUAAAUAAAAUGCGGUUUCAAUCUAAGAUUAGCUCAUUAGUUUCUUUUGGUAAACUGGAACAGAUCCUAGCUCAUCAAAGUAUCAAUUUUAUGAAAUUAGACAUAUAAGUACACAAGUUUAUAAUUCUACAGUAGACAGAUUUAAGAAUCUUGGAGUACUAAACUUUAAGUUCUCACAAGAUAACCAGUAAAGUAUUAUAAAUGUAUAGUCUUAGACUAUUACAGGACUUAUUUCAAAUGUGGGUGGAUUCUUUAGUCUAAUAAAUAUGAUUCUUAUCUAUCUCUUAAGUUGA